GACUAGGUCUGUGGAUAGUCCAUGUUCUUCUAGAGACAGGCCCUGGCUAAUUCUCCCAGACAACAUGGUGGUUUACAAUCUUGGCGAUGACUCUUCCUCAUUGUGCAACGUGCAUUGUCCGGUUCAAUGCACUACUAAACGACUACCGAAGUAUAUAAGGAACUGGUAUAGUCCAUAGUAUCCUCCAGACCGUUGAAAUCCUCACUCCAGGCACUCGUUCUGCUGCUUUCGAAGCUUUCUUUAGCUUCUCAAUGACAAACUCGCCGCUUUGCGAAAGUGUCAUAUUUCAAUCAACUUCGAGAAUACCAUGGCUCCCACGAUAAUAGCAUCCUGCAAGCAGACCCGCUUUCACAUUCUUGACCAGGCUUCAAAAGAGGUUGAUGUCGAAGGGAUUACCAUCGCGGUGACAUCCCCGCCGACCCACGCUGAAUCAGCAACAACAGAUGCCAAAUCGAAACGCAGGGCCAAGGCUGAAGCGAAAGAACUGAUUUCGGACGCGCAUCUGCAACUCAAAGCGGGUGUACACUAUGGUCUAAUAGGACGCAAUGGGACUGGCAAGUCUACACUAUUACGAGCCAUCGCCGACAAGCUGGUACCUGGAAUUCCACAUGCUACGCGGAUUGCUAUCCUGCAGCAGACGGAGGGAGGCAGCGACGACGGAAUCCAAGAAGCUGAAGCCGACAAAAGACUGGAACAGCCUGUCUUGGAUUUUGUGCUGGCUGGCGACGAAUACAAAAAUGAGGUUGUGAAGAAGAUGAGUAUCCUUUCAAAGAGUUUCGAGUCCGACGAUCCGCUACAACCUGUGAAAGCUAUUCGGGCUAUCCGCCAUAGUGAAGCGGAGGAAGAGCUCUUUCUGGCUCAGAAAAUGGCAAAUCUGAGGAGUGGCGCACGAGGGUUACAAGCACGAAAAGAGCUGCGAACGGCCGAAGAGAGACUGAAAGCUUCGGCAGAGCUGUUGAACCAGACGAAGGAGUCUAUUGAGGCCGAUACGAUACAGAAAGAUACGCAGAUAGCGAUGGAGGUUUUGCAUGAACUGCAGUCCAAAAUUGAGGCUAUGAUGCUCAUCGAUACUGAACAGCAAGCACGUCAGAUCCUCCAAGGCUUAGGAUUCCAGGAAGCGAUACUCGGCAAGCCCGUUUCCCAAUUGUCUGGUGGCUGGCGUAUGCGAUGUAUGCUGGCUAGUGUGUUGAUUCAAUCUCCGGAUAUCAUGAUUCUCGAUGAACCGACCAAUUAUCUCGAUCUUCUAGGGAUCAUCUGGCUUGAGAACUAUCUCCAAGGGCUGCGUGAGAGUUCGCAAACAAUUCUAAUGGUCUCCCAUGACCGGGAUUUCGUAAACGCCGUCUGCGAAGAGAUCAUCAUCCUGAGAGAUCAAAAGCUUACCUACUUCAGAGGAAAUCUGUCCGCCUAUGAGAGGGACGUCGAGGAACAGAAGCUACGCUGGGGACGCAUGAAGGAAGCACAGGAUCGCCAAAUUGCCCAUAUGGAGGCCACCAUCCGCGAGAACAUCAAGCUGGGCAAGAAGACAGGCGAUGACAACAAGUUGCGUCAAGCCAAAUCGCGACAAAAAAAGGUUGACGACCGCAUGGGAAUAGAGGUCAGCGCCAAAGGUGGCCGAUUCAAACGGAGCCGAGACCUAGCUGGCUAUCAAUUUGCUGCGCGGGCCGCGAUCGAGGUACCGGUAGACGAGAGGAAACCAUCGAUCAGUCUACCUUCGGCAACAGAGUUACGAUUUCCCGGUCCUUUGAUCUCGAUGGAAGGGGUUCUCUUCAGGUACAGCAAGCAGCAGGCUCCUAUCCUUGAUGGAAUUGAAUUGGGGAUCCACAUGGGGGAUCGUGUGGGCAUCAUGGGACUGAACGGCUGCGGAAAGUCGACGCUGGUGCGCCUCUUGACUGGCAGCGCGAUACCGGCACAUGGUAAAAUCUCGCGCCAUCCAAGACUAAAACUUGGAUACUAUGCACAGCAUUCUAUAGAAGAGCUUCGGGAGCAAGGCCGAUCAAAGCUUGAUAUGACGGCUCUGACACUAAUGACGGCGGAAGUCAAUGGCGCGCUCAAUGAAGGCGAGCUUAGGGGCCUUCUCUCAGCAUUGGGUCUUCAGGGUAAGGUUGUGUCUGAUGUACCAGUAUGUCGACUUUCAGGGGGCCAACUAGUCCGUCUAGCUUUGGCCAGAGUGGUAUGGACCCGGCCACAGCUACUCAUUCUGGAUGAAGUCACUACACAUUUAGAUUUCGAUACUGUGACUGCGCUUUCCGGUGCGCUUUCGAACUUUGAUGGGGCUAUCUUGCUCGUAUCCCACGAUCGAUAUAUGGUUCGUUUGGUGAUUGAAAACAAGCGAGAUUUGGAGGAGAGAAGAGACGAAGAGUUGGAGGAGAACAAGGCUUCAGACACAUUAUCCAGCCAACGUCGAGUGGUGCAUGUGUUGAAAUCGGGCAAGCUCAAGGAACAAGCAGAAGGCGUGGAGCAGUAUGAACGCAGUCUGGCGAAGAGGGUUCGAAAUAUGCUGCCGACAACGGGCUAGGGUGUUUACAUAUUUGUACUAGAUCUCUGCUGCUCUACCGAAUGAGAUUAGUAGUAGUGGCACCCUGCAGUAGACCCCACUCUGUCAUUGUC